GCGUGUCGCUAAACGCGGCCGGAGCAUUGCCGCGAAGCUUCAUUCCUUCUUGGUCUUGACCCUGGACAACGUUCUUGCUUUCUUCAGACAAGCCACAACACGACACGCCCGUCAAAAUUUGUCAACAUGGCGAGUCCCGAUGCCUUGAGCGACCUGAAAUCGCGGAACCUUGCUGCCGCCCUUGCAGCGCUCACCGGCGACGAGCUCACAGAGCUUCGAGUGAAGCUGCUGCCCGACCGCCUUCGUGCCGUCAACACAGAAACCUCAAAGCUGCUGCAGAUGCCACAAGAAAUUCGAGAUGCCAUCUUCGACGAGAUACUCGGGUUCGAGAAGAAAGCCGGAGUGUGGAUCACGAAGAAGCCGACUGUCUCCAUAGUCCCAAAGAUCUCUCUGCCCUCGCUGUUCCGAGUAUGCCACCAGCUACGAGAAGAGUUCGCUAUGAAGUUCUGGAAGGUCAUCUCUAUCUGCCAAAUGAAGGGCGAGGAGAACAUCGAACGUCGUGUGACUAAUAUCGACCCGAAACACAAGAAGUUCCUCACGAGGGUCGAGUACGACGCAGGUCCGAGACCCCAUUUCUUUGAUCGAGUUGUGGAAAUCGAAAUCAAAAACAAGGAAUGCGCUAUACUGGCUGCGAAGCGCCUCGAAGAUCGGCUGGAUCUCAAGCCAGGUAUCGUACGGGUCGCAUUUCCGAAUCGAUUCGAUAAGGAGAUGGCUUGCUGGUUCAACCAUGCGAUGGUGAACUCGCUCGGAGAGGUUGAGGAGAGAGAUUUCGCGUGGGAGUGAUGUGGAGAAAGUCAGUGGUCGAACGUGCUUGAUAAGGAGGGAGGCGAGGAGAGAUUGAGCAGCGAGCUACAGGGCGGAAGUUAUGGUGAACGGCGGGGACUGGAGAGCUUUUGAGGUUCUACUGUCUCCUUCUAGCCGCUUCUCGGGUGAUUAGAACUUCGGAAGGAACAAUGUAGUGGGUGCAGCGAUGGAAGGUGGUAGGCGCGACGUUC